GUUCAUGGCGCAAUAGGAAGCGGCGGCGGCUGAGCUCACGGUCCAGGCGGGGCAGUCCCUGCCGGGCUGUCGCUCUUGCAUGGCCUGUGCACUUGCUGGGUUUUUUCUCCCAGCAGUGGCACCACUCAUGCUGCAGGAGUGGGCUCCAGGACCGAAUGGAUGGAGCCCUGCAGCUGCUGGGGCAGAGGAAGCAUUCCCUGAGCUGCUGCAGCUGAGAACUGGCCACAAAGGGCUGAACCUGCUGUGGGAUGGAGGCUCUGCUGUGCUGCCCCACACACAGCCCUGCCCCACAGCUCACAACCCAGCCCUUGGUCUGCAGCAUCACAGAGGCUCUGUCACAUCAGCCAGGGCUGACUCCAGGGCUGUAGGAGUCUGUUUUCUGCAGGACCUUGCACGGCCAGUGGCUCUCUCCUUUCAUGUUCACUUGUUGCUGUAUUGAAAGCAGGUUUGGUUCGUGUGGGUUUCUCUGAGGAUUGCACCAGAGGGUUGUAGGUCAAGGUUAAUGUCCUGUGGAGGCUGCUCCUGCCUUUGGGGCCAUUCAGUGCUGUGAAGUACUAAAAACCUCUCUAACUCCCAUGUCUGUGCCAAUCUCUGUCUGCUCCUGGUGCCUUAGCCCACAGGGGAUGUUUUUCCUUUCUUCCUUCACACCCAGACAAAUGGGGAGAGAGUCCCUCAGGAGGGCAGGCCAUGCAGUGAUGCUGCAUCACUCAGUGCAGGGACGUUUUGGAAAAGCAAACCACUUAAUGCAGGGAAGUGACUGCUGGUGUCACGUGGAGCUCUGCCUUCAUUUGCCAGCACAGCUGGAGUCCCCUCGUUAGUGUCAGUUUGAUUUCCAUUGAUACAAGUCGUGAACGUGAAAAUUGCUCCUUCCUUGUUUCUGUAGUUUCCUGGCAGUCUCCGCCUUCUGCACUUACUGUAAGCUCCACAGCCUCUUCCCUGCCUCCCGGCAGGGCCGACCAGGGGUGCCUUCGAGACCAAAUAAAAGCCUCAUUCCUACCUGUUGUCAGUGACCAGCCUGCCCAUGCCAGCUGUCCUGGAGCACUGUGCCCUGGGCUCGUGCCCUGGCUGACUCUGGUUCUGACCAGAGAGAACCCUUUUCAGGGCAUUGCAGUAGUCACAGCUGGGUCCUGGCAGGAGGGAGCCAGGAGCCCACUGGGAGCCAGCUCUGAGCCACCUGUGUGCCCAUCCCUCAGGUCUCCGGAGCUGGCCAGGAUGGCGCAGUGGAACCAGCUACAGCAGCUCGACACGCGGUACCUGGAGCAGCUCCACCAGCUCUACAGUGACAGCUUCCCCAUGGAGCUCCGGCAGUUCCUGGCCCCGUGGAUUGAAAGCCAGGACUGGGCAUAUGCUGCCAGCAAGGAGUCGCACGCCACGCUGGUGUUCCACAACCUGCUGGGGGAGAUUGACCAGCAGUACAGCCGCUUUCUGCAGGAGUCCAAUGUCCUGUACCAGCACAACCUGCGCCGCAUCAAGCAGUUCCUGCAGAGCAGAUACUUGGAGAAGCCAAUGGAAAUAGCCCGCAUCGUGGCUCGCUGCCUCUGGGAAGAGUCCCGGCUCCUCCAGACAGCUGCCACUGCUGCCCAGCAAGGGGGACAGGCAACACAUCCAACAGCAGCUGUGGUGACAGAGAAGCAGCAGAUGCUGGAGCAGCACCUGCAGGAUGUCAGGAAGAGGGUGCAGGAUCUGGAGCAGAAAAUGAAAGUGGUAGAAAACCUCCAGGAUGACUUUGAUUUUAACUACAAGACUUUGAAAAGCCAAGGAGACAUGCAGGACCUGAACGGGAACAACCAGUCAGUGACCCGGCAGAAGAUGCAGCAGCUGGAGCAGAUGCUGACGGCGCUGGACCAGAUGCGCAGGGGCAUAGUGAGUGAGCUGGCUGGGCUGUUGUCAGCCAUGGAAUAUGUGCAGAAGAUGCUGGCAGAUGAGGAACUGGCAGACUGGAAGAGGCGGCAGCAGAUUGCCUGCAUUGGUGGCCCACCCAAUAUCUGCCUGGACCGGCUCGAGAACUGGAUAACCUCUCUCGCUGAAUCACAGCUACAGACCCGGCAGCAGAUCAAGAAGUUGGAAGAACUGCAGCAAAAAGUAUCCUAUAAGGGUGAUCCAAUCGUCCAGCACCGGCCCAUGCUGGAGGAGCGGAUUGUGGAGCUGUUCAGGAACCUGAUGAAAAGUGCUUUUGUCGUGGAGAGGCAGCCCUGCAUGCCCAUGCACCCUGACCGACCCCUCGUCAUCAAGACAGGAGUGCAGUUCACCACCAAAGUCAGGUUGUUGGUCAAGUUUCCAGAGUUGAACUAUCAGCUGAAAAUCAAAGUCUGCAUUGACAAGGACUCUGGGGAUGUUGCAGCACUUCGGGGGUCCCGGAAGUUUAAUAUCCUGGGGACCAACACCAAGGUCAUGAACAUGGAGGAGUCGAACAAUGGCAGCCUCUCAGCAGAGUUCAAACACCUGACCCUGCGGGAGCAGCGGUGUGGGAAUGGAGGCCGAGCCAACUGUGAUGCCUCGCUGAUAGUCACCGAGGAGCUGCACCUCAUCACUUUUGAGACAGAGGUGUAUCACCAGGGGCUGAAGAUUGACCUGGAGACCCACUCAUUGCCUGUGGUGGUCAUCUCCAACAUCUGCCAGAUGCCCAAUGCCUGGGCAUCCAUCCUGUGGUACAACAUGCUGACCAACAACCCCAAGAACGUGAACUUCUUCACUAAGCCGCCCAUUGGGACCUGGGACCAGGUGGCAGAGGUGCUGAGCUGGCAGUUCUCCUCCACCACAAAGCGCGGGCUCAGCAUUGAGCAGCUGACCACGCUGGCAGAAAAACUGCUGGGACCAGGUGUGAAUUACUCUGGCUGUCAGAUCACCUGGGCCAAGUUCUGCAAGGAGAACAUGGCUGGCAAAGGCUUCUCUUUCUGGGUCUGGCUGGACAACAUCAUUGACUUGGUGAAGAAGUACAUCCUGGCACUGUGGAAUGAAGGGUACAUCAUGGGGUUCAUCAGCAAGGAGAGGGAGCGAGCCAUCCUGAGCACCAAGCCCCCAGGGACCUUUCUGCUGCGCUUCAGUGAGAGCAGCAAGGAAGGUGGCAUCACCUUCACGUGGGUGGAGAAGGACAUCAGUGGGAAGACACAGAUCCAGUCGGUGGAGCCUUACACCAAGCAGCAGCUGAACAACAUGUCGUUUGCGGAGAUCAUCAUGGGCUACAAAAUCAUGGAUGCCACCAACAUCCUGGUGUCCCCGCUGGUGUACCUGUACCCAGACAUCCCCAAGGAGGAGGCGUUUGGAAAGUACUGCCGCUCCGAGAGCCAGGAGCACUCGGAGGCAACGGACUCAGGUAGUGCUGCUCCGUACCUGAAGACCAAGUUCAUCUGUGUCACCCCCACUUCCUUCAGCAACACCAUCGACCUGCCCAUGUCCCCGCGCACCCUGGACUCACUCAUGCAGUUCGGCAACAGCAGCGAGGGAGCAGAGAACAACGCGGGUGGGCAGUUCGAGUCGCUGACCUUCGACAUGGAGCUGACCCCAGAGUGUGCGUCCUCGCCCAUGUGAGGGGCUGCGCCGGCGCACGGGGCCCUCCCUGGGCUCAGCCUUCCCACCUCCAGAGCGCUCCCCCGGAUUUGUCUCACUCGGCUGCAGCUGCUCCGGGCCUGCCCUCGGGAACAGCCGCGGGCCUGGCUCCCUGAAUGGGUCAGGUCCUCACCUGACCCCACAGAGCAGCCCCUCUCCCGGGUGGUGCCGCUCAUCUUUGGGGGAGGGGGAUGAACCUUUUUCUAUUUCCUUCCAUAACAGUUUUCUAUUAUUUUUGCUCAUUCAAGUGCCUAUUUGCCUCCGAUUGCAGCCACAGUUCCUACAAACGCUUCCACAGCCCCGGUCCUGCUGCUGGAAGCUGCUGCCCUGACUGCCCACACCCAAACCCACAGGACCCUACAAGUCUGGAAUUGCAGAGGGGAUUGGCCAUGUGGUGGGGUCUGCCCUACUGCUCCCAGCACGUCCUAGAGCUUGCAGGGUGCUGGGUUGAGUGCUCACUCUGCACCCACCUGGCCCUGGUUUUGGCCAGGAUGACCAGUACAGGGCUUGCCGUUGCAGGUGGAUGUAUCCAGGUGCUCCUGCCCUGGACUCAGCAGGCACUGCCCCUGCUGGCCUCAGCAUGGCUUUGCUGGGAGACCAGAGGUUUGGGAAUGGCUUGUGCUUGUCCCCAGCUUCCUGCUUCAGGCACAGUGGUCUGGCCAAUGCCAGCAGCCUGGGCUCCUUUUGGGAUGGUGCGUGUCCCUGGGGUAGGGCAGAGCUGCUACCCAGUAAUGGCACUUGUGUGUAAACAGCAUUUGCAGCUGUGGCCCACUUUGGGAGCUGGGUAGAGCCACAGGGGCUGCCCUGGCUUGCCUGUGGCCAGGCUGGUGCUGAGAGCAUGGUCUUGCUUCCAGCAUUGUGCUGAGUUAGACCAGUUGGACCCUGGGGAACUGGGGGAACCAGCAUGGCUGGCACCUGGCCUGUCCCUUUCUCCCUGGGUUGUGAGGGGCCAGGCAUGGGCUCUGCAGCUUCUCGGGGGCUUCAUGUGGCAUUUCUGUUGGAGAUUGGCCCUCACAGUUAAGGUGGGAAUGGGCAGAAGUUGAAGGUGGAUGUGAGGAGAGGAACCUGCUGUGGGGCAGUGCAGGACAGUGACAUGGGUGUUGUGAAGUGCAGAUGUCCUGGCUUCUGGGGGGGUUGAUGGUUGUGGUCCUGCAUUUUCCAAACUUGGAGGAGCCCUCCUGCCCUUUCCAUGCAGUGGGCAGACAGAUAUGGAUGAGCAGUGGAGGGGUGAGGGAGGCAGGGGGAGAGCUGCUCCCUCCAAGCUGCAUCACAGCUGGUGGGCACGGAACCAGAGGGCAAGGGGGAGGAUCCCCAUGGCUGUAGGGUCUGGGAAAGCCCCCCCAAACCGUGUGGGAGCAGGAUGGAGGGUCCGUGAGGACGCUGAGGGGCGAUGAGGACCCUUUGCCCCUCUGCUCACUCACCAUAGCUGCCUCCAGCCGCAGUCCCUGGAGCCCAGGGCAGCAUUCAAUACUGUAAAAAAUUUUAUUUUUUGUAUAUUUUAUUGCUGUAUCUACAGGCUUUAACUUUCUCCAAAAUAAAGGCCCUGAAGCGA